AUGUCGUCAUCACUUCCUCCUCUCAAAACUAAGCUUACUGGGCAUAAUGGACCAGUUAACGUCGUUAAAUUUAACAACCAAGCGGGUAGAUAUUGUCUUAGCGGUGGGCGUGAUCGAAGUAUACGCCUCUGGAAUCCACAUUUGGGAUCUGAAGUAAAAACCUAUCAAGGACACGGUUGGGAGGUCUUAGGAUUGUCAAUAACACAAGAUAAUACGCAUUUUGCGAGUUGUGGUGGUGAUAAGUCCGUCUUCCUUUGGGAUGUACAAGCAGGGGCUGUUGUUAGACGGUUUUCAGGGCAUAAUAGCAAAGUAAAUAGCGUAGCAUUUAAUCACGAUGGUUCAGUUUUGGCUAGUGGCUCAUACGAUUCAACAGUCAGGCUAUGGGACAUGCGGGCGCGUCAGAGAUUACCACUACAGAUACUCGACGAUGCUAAAGACAGCGUGGUUGAUAUUCACAUAGCGGGUGAUAGAAUAUUCACUGCGAGCGUAGAUGGAUAUCUACGUACGUAUGAUCUCCGAGCAGGUCAACUACGUCAGGAUUUCCUCGAUUAUUCGGUCACCUCGGUCACUCCAACUGCUGAUAGGUCUGCUGUACUCGUCGCAACGCUCGAUAAUAAAGUUCGGCUGAUUGACUCUGCGACCGGCUCAUUAUUAGCAUUAUUUGAAGGACAUACAGCAGAGUCCUUCCGUGCACGCUCAUGUCUGGGAUCUGGAGAAGCUACUGUUCUUUGUACAAGUGAGGAUGGUCGCCUCUUCCUCUGGGAUUUGCUUGAUGGGAAAGUACUAUCAGACAGUAAAGCACAUGAGAAAGCUGUCCUAUGGGUCGACCAUCAUCCUUCUAGACCUGAAAUUUUAAGCGCUGGUAGUGAGGGUGUAAUAAACUUUUAUAGUAAUUAGGUAGGCUAAAUUAGGCGUGUAUUAUAGAUGUAUAGGAUAGAUUACAUAAUCGUACAUGCGUCUCCCUCUGUACGGUUUUCAACUUCGUCAGUCCAGCUAGCGUUGUUAGUUGCACCACCAUCACCCUGUCCAUCAAGGUAGACGAUAAGCUGACCGGCAUUACUUGGGUCGACUUUACAACGGAGGUUCUCCUUGCGCAUCAUUUCCUCGAUCGCUGGUUUCAUUUUUGAGACGUGGUUCUUAGAGUGUGUACCUCUACCAACGACGACCUUGAUUGGGUUUAUACCAGAUGUACGGGCGUUGGCGAUAGCUUGGGUUGUCUUCUCGACAGCUUCACGGACGUACAAACCGUGGAGAUCAACUUCAUCACGCUUGUUGUCCAAGUUGUUCUUCUCGAAAAUCCAAUCAGCGGCUUGCAUAUUUAAAUCGUCACGCUUUUGCUUGUGCUUACCACCUUCGGUACUGAGCUCCUUAGCACGCGCACCAUCGCCGGACUUAUACGCAUCCUGCGAUUGAUCGUAACAUUUACGCAUCAAGUCACCUUCUUUGUUGGCCUUAUCACGAAGUUCUGUGUACUCAGGUCUAGAUUGCCAGUAUUGUUCGGCUGCUUGUCCUUGUAUACGUUUUGGUCCGAGUUCUUCCUUCUCCGGGACAGCCUGUCCGGUUGGCUUCUGUUGUUGUGGUUUCUGCGUUGGCUUAUCUUGCUGCUUUUGGUGGUCCUCUAUUUCCUUGACGCAUAUUUUAAACAACUUUUUGAGAAUUCCAACCCAAUUCAUUUUGCUGCGUUUUCCGACGGGAGCAAAAGAAGAAAAAGGUAUAUAAAAAGGGUAGUAUAGUAAAUUCUGACAUAGAAUGCUAAACUUUGUUGACUAUCAUCUGAGAUUUCCUUUGCUAGUUGAACCACUAAAAUUGAAUAUUUCCCCUCAUUGGCUGCUCGGGUAAUUAGUGAAUUUUUAUGUUUAUAUAUCUUUUGUAUAUAUUUUUAAAUAGUGUUACAAGUCUGGCUAGACCCUCAAUUACUCAAAUUAUCCAAAAUAUCGUCAUUCUUUUAAUGCGGGGAUAAUUACGGGCAAGUGACGUAUCAAGUCGUUACACCCGAAGCUAAUUUACAGAUUACUUUUGUUCGCUGAGAAAAUUAUUAUUCCACGUCAGUCAUACACUGCUGGGAUGUG